CGCCCCGGCGGAGCCCGUCCCCUGGCUGCGGGCUGCGGGCGGCCGCCGAGUGUCCGGUUCCGCCUUGUAGCGGCCGAAAUUCCCUGCGACGUUGGGUGGAUACGUUCGCCAGCGCCGCGGACGCCCUAGCGUGGUUGGUGUGGUGGAGUCCGCCUGGUGGCUUGGCUUUUCCUUAAUGACUUGUUGCCGCUAAGAGACUGAAAAACGUAAAAUGUACAAAAGUCAGUUUUCCAGCUUCUGUAGAAAAAUCAGAUCUGGCAGCGUUGGGGCCAGAUCCCGUGUGUCACCAGGCUCCGACCCUCCGGCCCCUUCCUGUUGCCCGGCGGGCUCUGCCGGCGUUCGAGGUUGCAGCCCCUUCUGGGGAGCGUUGGUUCCCAAACCGAAAAGUGGAUGUAGAAGCCCCAGUCGGCAUCCUGCCCCUCCUGGAACGUCAGGCGUUUAGAAUCCCUGUCCAGGCAGGCUGACGUGUUGUUGCUCUUACAGUAUCAGUGGCGUUGUUUGUACCGUGCUGUAUUGUUUACAGCAUCCUUUUACUUACUUUUUAGACAUAGGAUUCAUUUAUUUAUUUGCUUAUUUAUUUUCAAUGAGCUUCCUCUGAGCUUUGGUGAGCGUCGCCCUGAGCUAAGAUCUGUGCCAGUCUUCCUCUGUUUUGUAUGUGGGUUACCACCAGAGCAUGGCCACCCUGUAGGUCCAUGCCCGGGAACCCAACCCCAGCCGCCAAAAUGGAGCUUGCUGAAUUUAAGCACUAGGCCAUGGGCUGCCCCUACAGCAUCCUUUUAGAUAGUGAUUCCUUUAAUGACCCCAGAGUAUCUUGAAGAAGAAGGCACAAUACAGUUAAUCCCCUUUUUUUUUUAUGAGAAGCCAUGGUCAACAAUGUCAUUAUUUGGCCAACGUCAAUAAAUGAUACAGCUAGAAUUCCACACAAGUCACGUGGCUUUUCCAACCAGUGCAUUUGUCUCGUAAAUGGAGUAUAAGGAUUGGGAGCUCAAGAAAGAGUCCAGGCUAGAGACAGAUAUUUGGAUGUCUCAGCAUACAGAUGGCGGUUGACUCUCUGAGGGCUGAAGAGCACCAAUGAGGACAGUGUAGUUAGGAAGAGGUUAGAGCCUUCAGAGAGGAGACCAGCAUAUGGAGAAGGAGCAGCCAGGAGGCAGGGAGAAAACCAAGGCAGCAUUAUGUUAUGGAGCCACAGAAAGAGGUUGUUUCCGGGGGGAAAAGGUAAUUAAAAGUGUCAAAUGCCACUUAAAAGUCAAGUAGGAAAAGGACUAAAAGAUGUGUGUUGGAUUUGGCAACAACGAGAUUGCUGGUGGCCUUGCCCAGAAUGGUUUCAUUGACGUGGUGGGGUAGAAGCUAUACAUUAUCAUAAGUGGAGAAAUAAAGACAUGAAGAGAUGGCGAUGGGUCAGUGGAGGCAACUCAGGAAGUUUGGCUGUGGAGAAGGAAGUGUGGGAACUAGAGUGAUGAUGUGUGUUGAGAUGUUUUACUUUGGGAGAUUUUUGAGCAGCCUAAAGCUGAUGGGAGGGAGCCAGUGGAGAGAGAAGAUUUGCUGGUACAGAAGAGAAAGCAGUGAAGUGCGGUCCCCUAGAAGAUAGGAGGGGAAUGACGUCUAGAGCACAGGGCAAGUAUUCGCUUUGGACACAGGAAAAGCACUUUUCAUUGUAGCGUGAGGGAAGGAAGGACAAUAGCUUGCAGGUACACGUGCUUUAUGUGUCGACAGGAAUGAAAGUGAAGGGAUUCUCGGAUGGCUUCUACUUUCACUGUGAAUAAGGAGAAGAAAACACCUGCUGGAGAUGAGAAGAGAGAGACUGUGGCACAGCUGCAUCUUCUGCCCUGCUCACUCUACUGGGCCUCCCCGCCCACUUCCAGCUGCUUUGCCAGGGUCAACAGCAUCCUCUUCACGGUGAAACCCGGGACCCUUCCCACUCCCAUCUUCCCUCAUCUUGGGAGGUUUACCAUUCGACCACCUGUCCUGACGAAGGCCUCUGCCCCUGAACAGCUGUGAGCCUCCGUUGUCCUGCACUCUGGACAUCCGUCUGCUCCUUCCCAGGUGCCACUCCCUCUGCCAACCCCUGUCCACGGGACAUCUCUGCCACGGUCCCUUCUCUCCACCAUCUCCAGCCAUCUCAUCCUCUAUGAUAGCGUUUGCUGGCCUCGCCAUGUCUGGGUCCCGGACCCCAGAGUCGGCCCUUGAUGUAGGGGGAGACUCCUUCACGUCCUCGAGGGAAGAGGAUGCUGCCGAUGGGAUCCAGCACUCCCAUCGCAUGCUCAGCUUCAGCGACGCGCUGCUGUCCAUCAUCGCCACUGUGAUGAUCCUGCCUGUGACCCACACCGAGAUCUCCCCAGAACAGCCAUUUGACAAAGGUGUACAGAAACUUCUAGCAACCAGGAUUGCCGUCUACCUGAUGACGUUCCUCAUCGUGACCGUGGCCUGGGCAGCGCACACGAGAUUGUUCCAGGUUGUUGCAAAAAUAGACGACACGCUUGCCCUGCUCAACCUGGCCUGCAUGAUGACCAUCACCUUCCUGCCAUUCACGUUUUCCUUAAUGGUGACCUUCCCAGAGGUGCCCCUGGGCAUCUUCCUGUUCUGUGUGUGCGUGAUCACCAUCGGGGCCGUGCAGGCGCUGAUCGUGGUGUAUGCGUUCCACUUCCCCCACCUCCUGAACCCCCAGAUAGAGCACUGCGCCCACAGGGCCCUCUACCGGCAGCACAUCCUGGGCAUCAUCCUUCGGGGCCCGGCACUGUGCUUUGCAGCGGCCGGAUUCUCCCUGUUCUUCUACCCAGCGUCGUACCUGCUGAUGGCGAUGGUCAUCUUCCUCCCCUACUUCAGCAAGGCCGCCAGCUGGUGCAGAGGCAGGCUGGUGGGCCCCCCGGAACUCCCAGCUCCCAGCGUGGAGUUCUUCACUUUUGACCUGCACGAGCCUCUCAGCAAGGAGCGGGUGGAGGCCUUCAGCGACGGGGUCUAUGCCAUCGUGGCCACUCUCCUCAUCCUGGACAUCUGUGAGGACAACGUCCCGGACGCCAAGGACGUGAGGGAGAAGUUCCAAGGCAGCCUGGUGGCAGCGCUGAGCGUGUAUGGGCCGCACUUCCUGGCGUACUUCGGCUCCUUCGCCACAGUGGGCCUGCUCUGGUUCGCCCACCACUCACUCUUCCUGCACAUCCGAAAGGCCACACAGUCCAUGGGCCUGCUCAACACACUCUCGCUGGCCUUCGUGGGUGGCCUCCCGCUGGCCUACCAGCAGACCUCGGCCUUCGCCCAGCAGCCCCGCGACGAGCUAGAGAGCGUGCGCGUCAGCUGCGCCAUCAUCUUCUUCGCCAGCAUCUUCCAGUUUGCUAUCUGGACCACAGCCCUCCUGCAUGAGAGGGAGACACUGCAGCCCUCCGCGCGAUUUGGGGGCCGGGAGCACGCGUUCAUGUUUGCCAAGCUCGCACUGUACCCCUGUGCCAGCCUGCUGGCCUUCGCGUCCACCUGCUUCCUGAGCAGGUUCAGCACAGCCAUCUUCCACCUCAUGCAGAUUGCUGUGCCCUUCGCCUUCCUGCUGCUGCGUCUCCUUGUGCGCCUGGCCCUGGCCGUCCUGCGGGCUCUGCGUGGCCUCCGCCUGCCAGAGCCUGGGGGCGAGGAUGACUCGAGGGCCCCACUCCUCCCUGCUGCCUGCUAGCUCGAGGUCCCACCCACCCCAGCCGGAGGCCCAGAUGUCAGCCCAGUGGCCCGAGCUUGGGUGCUCCUCUCAUCGUGACAUUUCCUGUUCUACUCAGUCAACAGGCGGCUCUCCACUCCUGCAGAGGAGCUUCACAGCUUUGCGUUGCUGUUGUGCCCAUCUCUGUCCCCCAGGCCCACAUCCUCUGUCUCCGUCAAGCUAAGACAAGCCACAUGGGGGCUGGCAUUCAAGUGUUUGUUUCCAGGGGCAGCUGGGGCGCCCACAGCCUCGGCCUUCUGGGGGCGUGGGUGCACAUGUGGCCCUGGGUCCUUGACAGGCAGUGCAGCACCCCUGGAUGUGGCUCAGCUCACUGUGGCCCACCCCCUCAGCAUGCAGAGCUCCCUGGUGGCUGCUGGGCUGCCAAACCAUCCCUCCUCUCACUCUGGUCAUUAGGCACAGAGAGAGACAAGAGCAGCAGGAUGGCAGCGCCCAGACUGUAUUGUCCUGGAUAUAAAUUAUGGUCACAUUCAGGUAUAAAUUACACACGAGGGACAGCGCAGAGCCCACGCAGCCCCACCUAGCACACAGAUUUGCUUAAAUACAGCGGACAGUCACCCUAACCACAAUUUACAGACAAUUCCUAUAGACGGAAAUCAACAGCAGGGCCUGCAGAGCAAAAACUAAUUACACCACUGGGGACUGGGGGACGUGACCACGAGGAAUGUGCAUCUGUGUGCGGGAGGCACGUGACAAGAACAUCCACCACAAAUGCUGUUACAGUGCA